UGACCUUGGUAUGCAAAGUGCAUGUACACAAUUUAUUAUUGUAGCUUUGUCUACGUCUAUUAAAUUCCUAAAGACCUCUUCAAUUGGCUCUUGGCUUCUAUCAUUAUUAAAGUGCAGUGUAGAUAGCUAACUGAACUAGACCAAUGAACUAGUCUACUAGCUAGCUAAAUAGUGAAGUUUGUUAUUCUAGUGACCCCUCCCCACUCUUGUGAGAGGUAUAAGAUGGCCUCUGACCAGCCUCGUCUCCCUGGCAUGGCUCUGGGUACCAAGGCUCGUGUCAAGGACGACCCAGAGGACAGGAUGGCAGAGCUGGAGAGAUUGUUCAUGGCACACAGUGUUACAGACCACGGACAGAGCUAUAGUAUCGAGACUCUACUAGAUGCUCUCAUCGUCCUCUAUGAUGAGUGUUGUACCUCAUCGUUCAAGAAAGAGAAGACUGUCUCUUUGUUUGCAGAUGCAACCAAGCCGGUGGUGAGCAAUAUACAGAGCCUCAGAUUAUGUGCUGACGAUUUUGAAACUAUCGAGCUCAUCGGAAAGGGGGCGUUCGGAGAGGUCAAGGUGGCUAAACUCAAGAGCACUGGUAAAGUGUACGCUCUCAAGAUUCUCAAUAAAUGGAAGAUGCUCAAAAGGCACCAGACGGCUUGCUUCCGUGAGGAGAGGGACGUGCUAGUGUUCGGCCCACAAGAAUGGAUCACUACGCUCCACUUUGCCUUCCAAGACAGAGAGAACUUGUACCUAGCCAUGGACUAUUACCUCGGUGGGGAUGUGCUCACACUCAUCAGCAAGUAUGAGGACCACCUCCCGGAGGAUAUGGCCAAGUUCUACACCUGUGAAAUGGUUCUGGCUAUCGACGCCAUCCACCGGCUAGGCUACGUCCAUAGAGAUAUUAAACCUGACAACGUCCUUAUUGGUAAAGAUGGACACAUCCGAUUGGCUGAUUUUGGCUCUUGUCUCAAAAUGGACUCUCGUGGGAAGGUUGCUUGUACCACUGCAGUGGGGACACCCGACUACAUCUCCCCGGAGAUACUCACCGCGAUGGAGGAUGGUAGAGGUGUGUACGGACGAGAGUGCGACUGGUGGUCCCUCGGUAUCUGUCUCUACGAGAUGUUGUUUGGGGAAACCCCCUUCUAUGCCGAGUCCCUCAUUGAGACAUACGGCAGAAUCAUGCAACACAAGUCUCGUUUCUCAUUCCCAGCGAAUGUGAGCUAUGACAUGGUGUCACGUGAUGCUAGAGAUCUCAUCAAAAAGCUGAUAUGUAAUGCCAAGGAUCGGCUGGGACGCAGUGGUAUAGAGGAUUUCCGUUCUCAUCCAUUCUUCAGUACGAUGGACUGGGACAACAUGCGCAAUGUAUCACCACCGUACAUACCAGAGUUCUCUUCUCCCACUGAUACAAGGAACUUUGACCCCAUAGAGGAAGAGGACGACGGCAUGCCUCGGGGCCAUUAUCCUGAUCCGAUGUCCUCUAGUAAGAUGACGGCCCUCACAGUUCACCUUCCCUUCGUAGGGUUCACAUACACACACAACAGUAGCCUCUCAGACAACCCCCCCAUCACUGAGGGAGGUACGGGGACUAGCCCCCCAGCAGGGGACGGCAAGGAAGUGAGUCGACUUAAGUCAGAAAUGGACACACUCAAGAAACAACUAGCCAAGAAAACCAUCUCUGAGACAUCUGGUCCAGCUGGAGAUGAUGAGUCAAGCUCCAAGGUUCGUACACUAGAACGUACCACUAAGACCCUCAAGUCAGAGAAGAGCUCGCUCAGUCUGGAGCUGAGCUCUCUGAGGGAAAAACUUGCCACUAAGGACAAGGGACUACGCGGUGUCAGCGAGCAACUGGAGGAGACAAAGGAGGAAAACACACGACUAACUGAGAAGCUGAGCGAUGUGAGGGCGCAAAAGGUCAAGUUCUCCAGACUGGCUAGAGAGAAAGGAGAGGAGAUCGAGGAGAUGCUUGAAAAGGUUGACUCUCUGAGGAAGAACAACAGGGAAUUAGAUAAAGAGAGGAGGGCGCUGGCAGCGGACGUGGACGAGUAUCGUAGCGAGUCUGACAAAUACAAGAAAGCCGCGAGACGUCACGAGGGAACCAUCAAGUCCCUCGAGGAUGAGAUAUCCCAAUUAAAGAGCACCAGACGACGCACUUCAGACUCCACCCCUAGUCUAGAAAUGAAAGAGCAAAUAGCAAAACUUCGUACGGAGUUAUCGUCCAAGGAGGCGGAGCAUCAGGAGGCAGUCUCUAGUCUCCAGUCCAAGAGCAGCACUGAGAUACAGAACCUCAAGAAGAUGCUCGGGUCCUCGGAGGCUAGCAACACCGACCUGCAGAGAGAAAACAACGAGCUGCAGCUCAAACUGACACGAUCACGAAACAAGAGUGUCCUGGAGUUGGACCAGGGUCUACGUGAGAGGAGCGAGAGAUUUGAUAGGGAAAAGCAGAUGCUGUUGGACCAAAACAAGCAACUCAAAGUGGAACUGGACAAGGUGUCGUCUGCCAACAGGGACAUGUUGUCCAACAAGGCCGAGGUUGAUGUUGAGUUGAAGGAGCUGCGGCAGAACAGAGAACUGCUGACUCAGUGGGAGCGCCAGAUCGCUGACAUCAUUCAGUGGGUCACUGAGGAGAAGGAUGCACGAGCGUACCUUAAGAACGUAGCCAAGAAGCUAGCUGAUGAUGUUGAUAACCUCAAGAGUAACGCGUCAACACUUGGUCGUCAGAAGGAGGAGUGGAUGGAGAGACGUACACUCAAGCGUGACAAGGGAGGUAACCUCGAGUUACAGCUGCAACUGAAGAAUGAAAUGGCAGAGAAGGCGAAGACUCAAGAGCAGCUCACUCAGAUCACAGCUCAGAUGGCUGAAAUGGAAUCACACACACAACAGGCGGAGACAGAGGUGGACAAGUUGCGUAUUGAGAACGAGAAGCUGCAACAGCAGAUGAAGCAGCUGCGACUAGCCGGUGGCCACCGCUCUGACAGUACGAGUCACUUUUUCCAGUCCCCUGCCCAGCGCCCCCCUGACCACAGACCAGCCCCCCCUCCCCCCGCUGCCACUAGGAAGACCUCCUCCCAAAGUGGUGGUAGUGUACAUGAACUGAUUGUGCGCACGUUCGAUGCCCCCACAAAGUGUGACACGUGUACCAGCGUCAUGUUCGGUCUCGUCAGACAGGGUCUCGUCUGUAAAAACUGCCAGAUGAGUUGCCAUGUUCACUGUAAGGACAAGGCAGUGCCUACUUGCCCCCUCCCCCCGGGACAAGCCAAGCUACCAUUUGGUAUUGACAUCCAUCACGGUGUGGGCACAGCUUGUGAGGGCUGGAUCAAGAUCCCUAAACUGGGCGGAGUUAAGCGUGGUUGGCAACGAGGGUACGCUAUUGUGUGUGACUUCAAGGUCUUCCUACAUGACCCUGGUAGUGACAUCCACUCUCCUGCCGUCGCUGCCACACUCAUCUUUGAUAUCAGGGACCAGAACUUCCGUGUGAGUAAGGUGACCUCUCAAGAUGUCAUCCAUGCUGGACCCAAGCUCAUCCCAGCCAUCUUCAAGAUGUCAUGCAACCAGCCUGGAUGCCCUAGUCUUCGCUCAGAGGCUCUCAUCCUUACAGACAAUGAGGCGGAGAGAGAUCGCUGGGUGGCCACACUGGAAGAGCUACAGAAGGCAGCCAAACAGAGCUCUAAUCAAAUGAAUGCCAUGUACAGCUGUCGUGAGAUGUACACCACCCAACAACUGGAGAUACUCAAGCACAUCACGUGUGCAGCCAUCGCUAACCCAGAACGUGUUCUCCUCGGAGACACUGAGGGGUUAUACAUGCUGAAUGUGGUGGACGAGGGGUUAUUCAAGUUCAGUGACCGAGACAUCAGGAAGGUGUCUCACAUACGCAUCUUGCAGGAGGAGGGGCUGAUCGCACUAUUAGCUGGGCGUACCCGGCUGUGUGUGCGUCUCAUCUCCCUGUCUGCCCUGGACAGUGGGGAUCUGAGGAACGCUGUGAUUAAGGUACCAGAGACGGAGGGGGCCAACGUGUUCACCACGGGCUCACUGGGACCCACUGUGUACGUGUGUGCAGCUGUCAAGAACAAGGUGGUCAUUCUGGAGGUCAACAGAACCAAGCAAAGAUACGAGAAGAAGAAGGAGGUGACCCUGCCACUGCAAGUCGAGUGUAUGCAGAUGUUCAAUGAGAAGCUGUGUGUUGGCUAUCAGUCUGGCUUCUCGUUGAUACACAUCUACAUGGACGAGAAGUCACAGAGUCUUGUGCACAGUGAUGACCUCACUCUCGGGUUCAUCCGCCUCAACAGUUUGCCAGCCAUGUAUGCCGUGGAGAUCAACAACGGACAAGAGUACAUACUGUGCUUCAAUAUGGUGGGUGUGUACGUGAAUGGACAGGGGCGGAGGUCACGGAAACAAGAGCUCCUCUGGCACUCUGCACCUGUCUCCUUCGUGUACUCUGACCCCCACCUGCUGGUCUACUGCGAGAGUGCCCUGGAGAUAUACGAUGUGGUCACUGCCAAAUGGAUACAAACCAUCUCCUUCAGAAAGAUCAACUCUCUCUCCCCCGAGGGCAACCUCACGCUGUGCUCUAUCAAUGAACAGCCGACAAUGCUCUAUCUCAAGAAGCAAAUGGAAGACGAUCAACUGCGUCUGCCCAGCUUCACUCGAGGGAGGUCGGCCACCAACGCCCUCAGGGUCAGCAAGAAACUGCCAAAUCCAAACGCACAAAAAGGAGCUAAAAAGUCGAGCAGGUUUGCUAUUUCUGGGCCGACUAACUUCACCCACGUGCAGCACUUUGGUCCCUAUCAGAGCCUGAACCCUGACGAAAUGCCGGAAGCGGGUAAAGACGACCCAAGAUCUGGUCGAGGUCAGAGUCUGAGUGUGGUGGGUGGACACAUGCCGAGGGAUGGUUCUCCCUCCGCCUACUCUCUCAGUGCUAUGGACAUCAGCACGUCAGCUAGCACGUCAGUUGCACCACGACUCAGCAAGGCGGAGUCCCUAGACCCAAUGACACAGAGUGGGUCCUCAUCCUUUACCUCGUCUAGUGCACCAGAACAGGAGGAGGAUACAUACAUAAAUCGCCUCUCAGGAUUUGAUGCCAACACACUGUUUGAUGACCUCAACCUGGGUGACCUAGGAGACCUGGAGAGGGAGUUCUCCCACCACUGAUUACACUUCAACAACAACUCAGUAGUCUCUAGGAAAUGUUCAAACUUAAUAUUCAACCUAGUCGUAUUUAUAAGCAUCUUUCUAUGCUGGCUUGUACAGUGUGGCAACCAAUUUUCUAUUUCUGCUGCUAUUUGUCAUUGGCAGAUAUUUCCACAGUUUUAUAGUAGCUAGAGCAGUGUGUUUAUCAGAUGAUUUGUAGUAUAAUUAUAUAACAUUAUAAUUUUUAAUUUUUAAUCAUUGUGAGAUAGCAAUGUAAAUUAAUUAAUACAUGUUUACAUCAAUUGACAA